AUGCCCAAACCGACGACAUGUCCCUUCUCAGGCUCCCCUCUGUGGCUGGCAUCCGUUGCUCUGAUGGUGCAGUCGGUGAUCUCCACUUCUUCGACCUACCGGAGACCUGCACUGGGCGGCGGGGGGAAGAGAACAGGGUUAAUGGAGAGGACGCUGAUUCUGCUGGAUGUCAACACCCGCAGUCCAGUUCAAGUUCUAAACGACAACUUCCUCUCUUUACAGUUAGAUCCGUCCAUUAUACAGGACGGGUGGCUGGACUUCCUGAGUUCCAAGCGUUUAGUAACCCUAGCCCGAGGACUGUCCCCGGCCUAUCUGAGGUUCGGAGGAAAGAGAACCGACUUCCUCCAGUUCCACAACCUGAAGAACCUUGCCAAGUUCAGAGGCCCCGGCCCAGAUUACUACCUAAAGAACUACGAAGAUGCUGGCCAACCACCCAGACAUGAUGCUGGAGCUGCAGAGAGAGAAGGCAGCUCAGAUGCGUCUCGUCCUCCUCAAGGAGCAGCUCUCCAACAUCUACAGCAACAUCACAAUAACAGGUCUUUAGACAAACUGUACAACUUUGCCGAGUGUGCUGGUCUGCAUCUGGUCCUGGGGCUCAACGCCCUGCAGAGAAACCCUGACUCCUCCUGGAACUCCUCCUCAGCCCUCAGCCUACUCAAAUACAGCGCCGGGAAGAAAUACAACAUUUCCUGGGAACUGGGCAACGAGCCUAAUGGCUACCGAAGCAUGGUGGGUCAGACAGUUAACAGUACCCAGCUAGCCAAUGACUACACCCUGCUGAGAACACUACUGCAGUCUGUACGCUACUACAGCCGAGCACACCUCUAUGGCCCUAACGCUGGACGACCACGCAAGAACGCCAUUCUGCUGCUCGACGGGUUCAUGAAGAACGCUGGUUCUGUUGUGGACGCUGUAACGUGGCAACAUUACUACAUGGAUAGCAGAGUGACCAAAGUAGAGGACUUUCUGAAGACUCGCCUGCUGGACACCCUGACUGAACAGAUCACUAAAGUACUCACGGUAGUGAAUAGCCAUGCUCCUGGUAAGAAGGUGUGGUUGAGUGGAGUAGGUCCGGCGUGGUCUGGAGGAACCAAUAACCUCUCUGAUACCUAUGCCGCUGGCUUUCUGUGGCUGAACACUCUGGGUAUGGCAGCGAUGCAGGGGAUUGACGUGGUCCUGCGACACUCGUUUUUUGACUAUGGAUACACACAUCUCGUAGACCAGCACUUCAACCCACUACCGGACUACUGGUUUUCACUGGUGUUCAAGCGUCUGGUGGGUCCCAGAGUGUUGGCGGUGCGGGUAGCAGGCUUACAGAGGAAACCACGGCCAGGAAGGGUCAUACGAGACAAACUACGCAUCUACGCACACUGUACCAGCUUCCACAAUCAUAACUACGUGAGAGGAUCCAUAACGAUCUAUAUCAUCAACCUGCAUCGGUCGAGGAAGAAAAUCAAGCUGGCGGGAACCUUACGUAACAUGACUGUCCAUCAGUACCUGCUGCAGCCCUACGGGACAGACGGGCUACAUGCCAGGUCAGUCCAGUUGAACGGAGAAAGGUUGUUGAUGUUGGACAACGAGACGUUCCCAGAAUUGAAGCCUCAGACGCUGCGGGCAGGGAGGACGAUAGCCAUACCCCCUAUGACCAUCGGCUUCUACGUCAUCAAGAACAUCAACGCUUAUGCCUGCCGCAGAUAAUCCUCAGCGUACUCCUCCUCACCUUUCACCCCUCACCCAUCACCCCUCAUCCUUCACCCCCACACUCCUCACCCUUUACCCCUCA